AUGGAGGCUGCGCUCUUCCGGCUGGCGUUGCUGCUGCACGUCGGCUUCGCCAUCCCGGCGACGGCCGAGGCGGGGGCGGACCUGCGCGGCGGCGGCGGCCGGCCCCGGCCGGAGGAGGAGCGGCUGCCGGCCGCCGUCGCCGAGUUCCUGCGCACGGGCGACUCGAGCGCCCUGGAGCAGGCCAAUUGCACGCGCAGGUUCGAGCUGCCGCCGCUGCACCGGGGAAGGUCACCCGAGAGCCCGCAUCGCCCGGCGCUGGACGCGCUGCUGCACGCCGCCAACUUCGUCACCUCGGUGCUGCAAGCCAACAGGUCCCGGGAGCGGAGCGUGCGGCGCGACGUCGACUGGUACCGUGCCCUGUUGCGGAGCAUCCUCCUGGGCGAGCGGAGGAUCCACAGGGCCGCGCUCACCUUCGCCUCGGACGGGCCCGGGGUGCGCCUCCAGGCCACCAGGGACGGAGGGGAGAUCGUGCUCCGGGACUUUUGGGCUCCCCACAACCGCACGGGGGACGGCGAGUGGGACCGCGGCGCCAAGCACGCCAGGAAGGACGUGGCGGCCGCGGACAGCUCCCCGAGGAGAGGCCAAAGUUUGAACCCGGACGAGACGCGUGUCAAGUGGUCGGCGCCGUACCUGGAAUGCGACAACGGGAACUUCGUGCCUCGGUGGUUGGUGACGUUGUCGGCCGCGUUCUACGGACUCCGGCCCAGCUCGGCUCCGGAAUUCAGGGGCGCGGUGCGAGUGGAUCUCAAUCUCCAGGACGUUGAUAUCGACCAGUGCUCCGCCGACGGCUGGUUUGCUGGAACCCAUCGCUGCAACCUGACCACUACGGAGUGUUUGCCAAGCCGGGGCCACGGCUUCGUCCUGGACAAGUACAAGUGCCACUGCAGGAAAGGAUUCUACCACCCCGAGCGAUUGGCCGGUGGCGCCGUCGCAAGGUCGGGCGCGAAGGCCGGCGGCCCCGACGCGGACGCCUGCCUGCCGUGCCGGCCGGGCUGCGCCUUCUGCGAGGACGACUCCCCCUGCGCCGCCCGCGAGGACGGCGCCCUGCGCACCGCCGUGGUCUGCUUCCAGAGCCUCUGCGUCCUGGCGCUCUUCGCCAGCAUGGUGCUGGUCUACCACUUCCGGAGGAACAAGAGCAUCCGAGCGUCGGGCCUCGUCCUGCUGGAGGCCAUUUUGUGCGGAGCGCUGCUCCUCUACUUCCCGGUGGGCAUCCUUUACUUCCAGGCCGGCGUGUUCCGCUGCAUCCUGCUGCGCUGGGUCCGCCUGCUGGGCUUCGCCACCGUCUACGGCACGCUCACCCUCAAGCUGUACAGGGUCCUGAAGGUGUUCCUGUCCCGCACGGCCCAGAGGAUUCCCUACAUGACCAGCUGGCGGGUUCUGCGUCUGCUGGCCGUCAUCCUGCUGGUGGUCUGCUGGUUCCUGGUGGCGUGGACGGCGGCGGCGGCGUGCCGGGCGGCCGACAGGAAGUCGGCGCUGAUCGACGUGGGCUACACGCCCGACGGGCUGCGGUUCAGCAUGUGCCUGCUGGACCCGUGGGACUACAUGAUGGCCGUCGCCGAGUUCCUGUUCCUGCUGUGGGCGGUGUACCUGUGCUACGCCGUGCGCACGGUGCCCUCCGCCUUCCACGAGCCGCGCCACAUGGCCAUCGCCGUCCACAACGAGCUCGUCCUGUCGGCCAUCUUCUACGUCAUCAGGUUCACGCUGGCCCCCGAGCUGCACCCGGACUGGAUGCUGCUGCUGUUCUUCGCGCACACCCACCUGACGGUCACGGUCACGCUGGGCCUGCUGCUGGUUCCAAAGUUCCUGUUCGCCGGCCCGCAAACCCGCGACGACCUGGCGUCGGAGGCGUACGAGGACGAGCUGGACAUGGGUCGCUCGGGCUCCUACCUGAACAGCAGCAUCACGUCGGCGUGGAGCGAGCACAGCCUGGACCCCGAAGACAUUCGGACGCCGGACGAAGCGGGACCUCUCAGUUCUAGUAAUGGCUGUGGCCUAAGAUCACGCGACAGUCUUUGGGAAAAACGCGCCAACGAGGAGCUGAAGAAACUCUACUCCCAGUUGGAGAUCUACAAGCGGAAGAAGAUGCUGGCCAACAACCCGCACCUGCAGAAGAAGCGCAGCUCCAAGAAGGGCCUGGGACGCUCCCUGAUGAGGCGCAUCACCGAGAUCCCCGAGUCGGUGCACCGGCAGUGCAGCCGCGAGGAGAAGGACGCCGGCGAGCACGGCAGCAAACGCAACAGCAUCUGCGUUUUGAAGAAAAACCCCUUCGAUCAAGCGCACCCCGUCAAGCCGGCAAAGGAGGAGACCCUGAAGAACAAGGUCUUCUCCUUGAAGAAGUCCCACAGCAGCUACGACCACGUCCGAGAUCAGACCGAAGACCGCAGCGGCUCGGCGACGGACAAGUCGGAGCUGAGCGCCGCCGAAGGAUCCCUCCUGGACACCCUGAUGGGCAAGAAGCUGGUCAAAAAGAAGUCGCGGGAGAACCUCAAUACCCCCAGCGAGUCCACCGAGUCGGUGCCGCUGGUCUGCAAGUCGGCCAGCGCCCACAACCUGAGCGCCGAUAAGAAACCCCUCCACCCUCGAGCCAACGUGCUGCAGAAGUCACUCAGCGUCAUCGCCACCGCCAAGGAGAAGACGCUGGGCCUGGCCGGAAAGACCCAAAGUGCGGAGGACGGCCCGAAGAAGCCUCCGCACAGGGGCAAAGACGAGAGCGAGCCCAAAAACAAAGGCAGAAACGCCAAACAAAUCGAUCCCGUCAAGGGGAAAGAGCUCUAUGAUCUGUCUGAGGUGUGUCCCUGGGAGGUGGAGGACGUCACGACCCCAUCAGAGAACAAGGUCCAGAAACACGUCUCCAUUGCGCCAGAGGAAACCACCACGGUCCACGGAGGCACCACCAAGGGAGGUAAAACCCAGAAGCUGACCCUCUCGGAUCAGACUCCCUCUGGAGUCAGACAGUCCAAGGAAGCUCAGAGGAGCAACGGCGCAAGGGAGGAAGUCUGUCCUCGGGAGGCGGGAGGAGGGGAGAGCCAAAGUGCUCCGGCGUCCAGUCACGCCAAGAAACAGCGGGAGCCCCGACCCAAGGCGGACAACACCAAAAUCAGCAGGGCCGAGGUUUGUCCCUGGGACUUUGGAGGACUGACGGCGGACUCUUUUCCAGCUAAGACUGCGGAUGUGCCGAGAAGGGACUCCUCGGAUCCGUCCAAGACGGAAAGCUCCCUCAAAGCCGACGUGCGUCCGUGGGACGGUCCCACGUCUCCCGGUUCCCAGGACGCGCCGAGCCAGUCUCGGAGUUCUCAACCCAAGGAAUCUACUUCGAAAAAGAAGGGCAGCCCCGCCCAAAGAACACUUGACAAGGACAAAUCGAAAGACGGCAACGACGAGAAGACUCGGACGAAAGCGAAGGACAAGAGCAAAUCUUCCGAGAAGCAGCAGAAAUUAGCCGAGGUUUGUCCGUGGGACGUCGGCGCUUGCCAGGAGGCGCCGGCCGUGGAGAAGCGCAAGAGCGCAAACGUCGGCGCGGCCAAAGUCAAGAAGGCCGAGGUCUGCCCGUGGGACUUUGAGGAUCCGUCGGAGAAAACGGCCACGGGCGAAUCGUCGGCGGGGCGGAGGAACGAUCCCGAUCCCGCAAAGAAGGCCGACGUUUGUCCUUGGGACUUUGACGACAAGACGGCAUGACGCUCGCGCCCGGCGGACCCGAGACGCCCCGAGCGUGGCCCGGCCUCUGCCGCCAGGCCAAGCUUGACACUGGACUCUCCGUAGGUGACUUGCCAGAAAAGUCAAUUCCGUUCCACGAGUUGCCUUCCGUUACGACAUUCGGUUCCGGUUUUGCGCACUUUUACGAGCGAACGAGAUGACGAGCGGUCCCCGGGGCAUUCCUGAAGAUUUUACUCUUAGACCAAUUAUGCAAAUUUUCAUCCUUUGAUUCCUUUUGCAGUUUUGUCUGUACAUAAACAUCACCGAUACGGGAACCAGUCGGACCGGUCGUAUUAUGAAGGCGGAGGCCGAAGAAGAAAAAUGGCUACGGAGCGAAAUGUCACUCGGAAGUGUUUCGGAAACCAGUCGAGUCUGAAGCACUUUAGCCAACAUGAACCAAGUCUUCAUCUUCACUUUCUUCUUUUUCUUCUUCUCCUUCACCAGAUCACUUCAGAUGUAGUUCUGCCGUUCUGUUUGUUAGUGAGGAACUAACGGCAAGACAGCGCCGUCCCGCUCGGCAACAAACUUGAAAAAUAAAAUGAGCAUGCGUCGCUUGUCUGACAAGAAAAAAAAAAAAGUCAUGGAAUUAUGUUCAAUUCAAUUAAAAAAGAAAAUACCUUUUCAUUCCGUAGGUAACAAAAGCGGUUAUUACGUUGUUAUUAUCGCUUAAUUACAACGGUUUAUUACAUGCAUAUUCUGUUUAAAAAAAAAAAAAAGUUGUUUUAGUCUUCGUUAAGUCCAGCUCGGUUCCUUGUGUUACUCUUUUGACUUUUUUUUCCAAAGAAAUUUCCGUAAUUGACCACCGCAGUCUUCAGCCCCUUUCACGCUGCUUUUAUGGCAAAUCGGCGCAUGGGCGGGCAUUUCCCGGCUUGUCCUAUUCGGCCUGAACUCGCCGAAACGGACGAUCAAACGACCGUUGCAGCUUCCGUCGGUGUAACGACGGGUUGACUUCAAACGUUGGCCAGCGUGAAAGGGGCUCCACAUACAUUUCCACGUGUUGCACUCGCCAAAUACUUGCUGCGGAAUACUCGCGACCUUAUGCGGGUGUGUAGUAGUUUCAAGCACCCGACCGCAAAUUUACGACUCGUUCGUCUCUUGUCCGGCCCCUUGUGUUAGCGUUAGCUUAGCAUUAGCACUCACUGCCGGGCUACUCGGCAAAACCAAAACCAAAAGGGAGUCCUCCCUUCGUCCGUCCCAGUAGAACGAGAAGGAACUGUGGUGCGUUUCUUGUGUCCGACGUCUCCGCGUAGCGUAGCAGGUUUUCGUCCCACCCCACGGCUACGAGCCCCUCGGUCAUUUUUAGACUUUCCGUCGACGAAUGCUAGAACUAAACCUUUGGAAGGUUUUGCUUUGUUCCGCGUUUUGUAUCAAAAUGUCUUUAAGUAUUUGUCACGCUCCGAUCGUGUCGUCCCAACCCGUCAAGUGGCCCCCCAGAGUUGUCGGCGUCUGCUGCGUACGUCGUCCCCGACUGGCCGUGAUUGUCGUCAAAGGACUCGGUAGUGAUAAAGGUCGUCGGAAUCCGGGCAAAAACUGAAGUGCAGAGAGUCCGGAGAGGAGGCGGAACCCGUCGCUCCACCAUCCGUGUUUUUUGUCGUCUGUCCUACGUCCACGUGUCUGUCGAUUUCUGGUCCGUAGUACAACGGGGUGUAACGGUACGCCAAGACGUCGAUCACAAUUUGGGUCCGUAUCUCGUUUUCCCGUUCACGGUUCGGUCGGGGUUAGCUAAGGGUUAGCUGCCCACAGUUAGCUAAGAAAAUCCACAACGUAAACGUUCUUCCGUGACUUUCCAGAGGCGGAGCUGCUCCGUGUUUGUUUCCGGCUGCCUUUGGCAUAUUUGCCCCGCGGCACGUGUACCGUUACACCCGUAGUUCGUCACGCGUGCGUUGCUUACGUCGAGAAAACUUUCAUUUUUGCAUCUUGGAAAGAAGCACUGCCAAUGUCGACUUGCACUGCCCGUGGUUUUCAAAAAAAAAGUUGUUUUGUUUUUUUUUUUGGUCCUUCUUCUCUUAUGAUUUGCUGUCUUACGUCGGUUGAGGUUCAAGCGGGGCCGACGUGAACUUGUCGCGGUCCGGAAGAAAUAUAAUAAUGCAUGGGAAGCGAUUCAAAAGAUGUUCCGCUGCCAAAAAAGACGUCUCCGGCCUGCAAACUUGUCCGGAAUCGAAUGACGAGCCGUACCAAUCGCGCAAUCUUCCGUCUUUUGGGGUGCGGCGCACGCCCGCCUUUUCCCGUAGCUCCUCGUCCACCAAUCGGAUCCGAGAACCGUGCUGUCGAUCAAAAACUGACAAGACCUCCUCCUCCUCCUGCCCCUACUACUACUACUAGUACUCCUACUACUACUACUACUACUACUACUAUACAAUGGUGUAACGUGGUAUAUCUUGUGGCUUCUGCAUGAGUUUGAGAAAUUAGUCAGACCGAUGUUUCACUGCCCUGGAUAGAACAACAACGCAAAAAACAAAAACAAAAAAAAUAAAUAAAAUAAAACGAUGUUUAUGGACGUGUCCGAGUUGACUAGUGAGUGAUCGUGUCUCCGACCCAGCGUACUACGAGCUUGUUAGCGCCACGACGAGCUUAUAGAGCGUCCAUAGACGGCAAAACUUUGGUAGAUUUCUAUUGUGUUCUAUUGUGAUAGCAUGUACAAAACAAAAAAAGAAAAAUAAAUACCUC